AACCGUUCGCACAUGCGCAGUCAUAAUCCCGUGUUUUGGUUAAUCUCGAACUUUCUUGGAACUGUUCCGGAAUCGGGACACGGUUGUUUUGGUUUCUUUUGGGAUCGAUUCCGAACCAUCCUAGAACGGUGAAAGCGGUUCCUACGUUUGACUAAGAAUCGUUUUGGAAUCAGGUAGUUCUGGCUUCGCACGUGUAGCAGCAAGCGGGAAAAGUUCUGUCAAUUUCGAAAGUUUUAAUUAGCAGAGAGGACCUCUCCGUAAUAAUUAUUAUAAUCAAUAUAUAUUUAAUUUUCUGAUAUUUGUGUGACUUGAGAACUCAUGGAGAAUCUUUUAUUUGAAUCUAGUUCAAGUUCAUCAUCCUCUGAUGAUGAGGAUAAUUUUUUGGCGACCAUUUUACCAGAAGUUCUGGAACAUCAUCAAAAAAACGAAUUGUAUGCUGAGAGCAUUAUUCCCUCAUACACGGACAAGGAAUUUAUGGAGCACUUCAAAGUGCCAAGAAGUGUUUUGUUCAAUUUGGCUGAAGAGUUUGCUCAAAGCGAAUACUAUCCCAAAAAAGACACUGGUUUUUCAAGAAUCGAUGCUGAAAAAUGUAUGUGGGUUUUCUGCUGGUAUGCUACACAUGAAGCUGCAUCCUUUCGAGAUGUAGCUGAUCGUUUUAAUAUCGCCUUGAGCACACUACAUCUCAUUAUCGAGAAUAUCAGCGUUUUUAUAAGUAAUAAGUCGAAAGAGAUUAUUAAAUGGCCCUCAGAGGAAGAAAAAAAUUUCAUCAUGGAAGAUUUUGCUUCUAUGGGAUUUCCUGAUGUGCUGGGUUGUGUGGACGGCAGUCAUGUGAGAAUUGACAAACCAACAGAAGAUCAUGAGUCCUAUUAUAACAGGAAAAAAUAUUAUUCCAUACAAUUUCAGGCAGUUUGUGACUCAAAGAGACGAAUAAGGGAUGUGUUCAUUGGAUUUCCUGGCUCGGUACACGAUUCAAGAGUUUUUCAGAAUUCUCCUCUUUAUGUGAAUCUGCCUGCAUUAUGUAAGGAUAAAUACAUAUUGGGAGAUAGUGCAUAUCCUUGUUUGAGAAACCUUCUGACUCCAUAUAAAAAUAAUGGCCACUUAUCACCUGUGGAAACUAAUUUUAAUAAAAAAUUGAGUCAUUGUCGAGUACUGAUAGAACAUACUUUUGGUCUAUUAAAGCAAAAGUUUAGGCAAUUGUACCAUUUGAAAUUAAGGAGCAUCCCAACCAUCUGCCACUUUAUCAGAGCGUGUUGUGUACUACAUAACUUGUCAUUGGAAGAAUUUGACGAGGAAGUUGCUGAUGGAGAAGAUAUUGAUGAUGUUGAAAGAUUUCCUGACAAUCAAGAAAUUGAUGAGGAAGCCGAGGGUAAUGUUGUUGGCUUGAACUUCCGUAACUAUAUUGCCAGCAUGUUACAUAUAUAAAGAACCAAUAAAUUUGCUUUUUCUCAGAAAAAUUAUUAUUUUUUCUCUUAUUUUUUCCUCUCAUCAGAUGUGAUCAUGUUACCAUGACAUCUGAGACUUAAUGCAAAUAUUUAAAGGUGAGUACAGGUAAAUCAAAAGCCUAAGUUAGAUAAAAAAAUAUUUUCUAUUCA